AUGAACAUAAAUCCUUUAUUUUUGGUGUACUGGGAUCAGUAGAGGUCAUACAGUCCAGUUGUAGGGGAGGUAUGAUGCGUUUUUGUGUAUGUUGGGUACAGCAGCUGGUCACCGAAAGAGCUCUGCAGUGCUGAGUCCUGAAUGGGGUAGGAGAGAUGUUCAGGGGGGCUGAUAGCUACAGUUCUCCUGUCUCCCACUGCCUGGACUGGGUCAAUGGAGUGUCCCAGGAUAGCGCUUGCCUUUCUGAUUAGCAUAUCUGGUCGUCUCCACUCAGCUGUUAAACAUCUGCUCCAGCAGACCACACCACAGAAGACGGCUGAUGUCACCAAAGUCAAAAAAGAUCUUUAGAAGUCCCUCCUUAACUUCAAAAGGCCUUAAGGCUCCCCAACAGGUAGAGCAACAGGUAGAAUCUGGUCAGUGUGUAUCAGCCAGGACUGGGCCCAAAUUGAUGUCCAACAUGUCAGACAGAACCACACAGGUUACAUGAAAACGGAUCAAUGCUGGAUAUAUUCACUCUUUUCAUAAAAUGAAUGCUUUUGAUAAUAAUUGUAAUGUAUUAUUAUUAUUUUACGGUAAUAAUUAUCUUUAAUAAUAGUAAUAUUAUUUUCUUUAAUAUUGCUGUCCUCGCCAUAACUGUACUUAUGCGCUCACAUAACGUCUGCACAUAGGGGGCGCUAAAACACACAUAAUGUGACUUUUUAACGUCAGGUGUGGCAGACACAGUGUGGCAUCAGGACAGAUGUUUUAGCGCCAAACAAUAAGCAGCAGAUCAGAUCACAGUGACACCCACCGCAGCAGCCCGUGGGCCCCCGCGGCUGUGCCUGAGUGGGCGCUGCUUCCACACGCUUGGUAAAACAGGGAGGUGACCAGCUGCAGCUCAGUGGAGAAUAGCUCCUCUAUGAACGCCCCUCAGACUCACUUAUGUGAAUCACAUUUUCCACUUUGAGCAGAGUUACUUCAGCCUGGGCCUGUCCUAGAGGAGCCGCGCUCUCAAAGUUUUCUUCCUCCCUCAGAGCCGCAGAAAAACGAGCGGAUGCGCUGCUGGCACAUGGUUUGCGGCUGAAAACGCCCCGAAAAGACCCAUACAGCCGAGGAACUGCACACUUUUGAAUAACAAGCUGGACACAUGUUGGAGUUUUUCUUCGUUUCUUGUUUGACAGGAUGUUUGGAUCGUGACUGACGAGCUGUCCCGUUUAAUCAGUCAGUCUAAAUGGAGCCAAUUAGACGGUUUUUGUCCAACUCUGAUCGCUGAUUGUCUCGGUCAGCGCAGACAGACAUGGAUCUUCAGGUGAUCGUCUGGCUGGUGUACUGCUUUCUGCUGCCAGCCGUCCUCCUAACAGCUUGUCUUUUUCGCUUCAACUUGCUGUCACUGGUUUACUUCCUCUAUCUACUGCUGCUGCCAUGGUUCCGCUGUCCAAACAAAUACACAGUUAGAGGUCACACUGGUCGGUUUAUUAAAACAGUAUUCUGCACCAGUCUGCUGUUUGUUCUGGCUCAUAUCUGUUUCCAGACAGUUCUGCAUACAUAUGCUCCCCUUGACACCGCAAUAGGAUAUAACUGUUCACGAUGGGAGACCAUAACCAGACACAUCGGACUGUCCAGGCUUCCUUUGCAGGAUCCUUGGAAUGUGCUACGUCUCCUGGGUCCGGAUGUAGGAGUCUGUGUGGUGUCACUUGUAACAAUAGUUCUCUGCAGAAGAUUGGUCAGGAACAGAGAAAUGGUGGCUGCAGCCAAUAUAACAUCACUUGAAGAGGAUUCUGCAGACGCAACGACGGAGAAUGGGGUGAAUGAAGAGUCAUUGGUUGAUGAAGAGGAGGAGGAAGAGGAAAGGUCAUCGAACGGUGACCCUUAUGAAGUUUCCGCAGCAACCAGAGCCAAGCAGGUGGCAGAAGGUCUCAAAGUCAAAGUGUUGAAAAUUCUGCGGGACCUGGGGAGGGUCAUGGUUGUCAUCCUGCUGGGUUUGGCUGGGAUUACACUGCCCUCUGCCUUCUCAGCACUUUACUUCCUCCUUUUCAUUGGUGUGUGCACAUGGUGGGCAUGCCAUCUGCCAAUCAACCUCCUGGGAUUUAAUUCACUGUGUGUGAUGGUGGGCUUCUUUGCUGCUGGUCACAUGGUGUGUCUGUACUUGUACCAGAGUGUGUUGGGCCAGGCCGUCUUCCCACCCCACAGUCUGUGGGCCAGACUUUUUGGUCUGAAGGACAUCAUUAUACCAGGAAACUGUUCCAUGCCUGAUGACCUCAUCCUUAACCCCAGUCAUGACUGGCCGGUUUAUGUCAAUCCAGGAAUCCUCCUGGUCCUGUAUAUUACUGUAGCAGCUGUUAUCAAAUCAGGAUUGCAUGCUGCAUCUAACCAGCAGGAAAAAACAAAUACUUCAAUGGAAGAACUGGUUGAGUUAAAAUCCUGGAAUCAACCAGAAGAUAACUGUGAAGAUGAGACACAGAUCACCUUUGUGUCCAGGGAAUCAGAAGGUCCAGGAGAAACUGUGGCUGGAGAACAUCAGUCAGGUGUUCCUGAGGCCCGCAAGGGACGGCUGAAUGAGAGCCCAUUUUUCCUGCUGGGAAGGGUGGUCAUGCAGCAGAGUUAUGUCUGUGCUCUCAUAGCCAUGAUGGUUUGGAGCAUCACCUACCAUAGCUGGCUAACUUUUGUACUGCUCCUGUGGGCUUGUCUCAUCUGGAUGCUGCGUUCCAGACGGCAUGCAGCAACUCUGUGCUCUCCAUUCAUCCUGCUCUAUGGCCUGGCUCUGUGCUGUCUGCAGUACGUCUGGGCCAUGGAGCUCGAACCAAUACUGCCCACCAAAGUGGGGACGAUGAGCCUCAGACAGCUGGGAUUGGACAGAGCCGAGUAUCCCUGUCUAAGACUGGGAGCUAUGCUUUUGUUUACCUUAACUUUCUGGCUGUUGGUGCGUCAGUCAGUGAAGGAAAACUUCAGGAGAAUGAGCAAAAUGUCUACGCCACUACAGGAAGUCACUACAAAAGAACUGGGUGCUGGCAGUGAAUCCGUGCUGAAGGUUCUGGGAGGCAUGGUGAUGAGCUGCUAUGCCAAAUACUGGAUCUAUGUUUGUGGAGGGAUGUUCAUCAUGGUCUCCUUUGCUGGAAAACUGGUUGCUUACAAGAUUGUCUACAUGUUGCUUUUCCUGCUCUGCCUUUGCCUAUAUCAGGUGUACUACUCUCUAUGGAGGCAUCUGUUAAAGCUCUUCUGGUGGCUGGUUGUGGCCUACACCAUGCUUGUGCUAAUCACCAUCUACACAUACCAGUUUGAAGACUUCCCUGAAUACUGGAAAAACUUAACUGGUUUCACAGAUGAACAGCUUGCAGCUAUCGGCCUGGAGACGUUUGCUCUGUCUGAGCUCUUCUCGAGUAUUCUCAUCCCGGGUUUCUUCCUACUGGCCUGUAUUCUGCAGCUCCACUACUUCCAUAAGCCUUUCAUGAGGAUCACGGACCUGGACCAUGUUACUCCCAAACACAGAAGGAAGAAUAAAGGAAGAAUCGAGGAAGUUAGCUCUGAUAAUGUAAGAGUAAACCCUGAAGAAGAACUUUUGGUGCCUGAGAAUGAUGAGGAAUCUGGGGAUGAAGAGUUUGUUCACACUAAAUGGGGUCUGGUGAUGGACAGGAUUCUGGUUUUGUCCAGGAAGUUCUCGGACAUCCUUGCUAAAGUUCAGGGGUUCCUCUGGAGGAUUCUGGAGCUUCACAUCCUCAAAAUGGUGGCCUUUUUCUCUGUGUGGGUUGCACUUGAAGAGCCAUCAGUGAUGAAUCUGGUUCUGGUGGUGUUAUGGUCUCUGGCGAUGCCCUUUAGCCGCUUCAGGCCCAUGGCAUCGUGCCUGUCUACAGUUUGGGUCUGUGUCAUCAUUGUCUGUAAGAUGCUGUACCAGCUAAGUGUUGUCAACCCCGCUGAGUACUCCCGCAACUGUAGCAUGCCUCUAACAAACACAACCAACCUAUUACCAGAGGAGAUGAUGAUCUCCAUCCUAUACAAGGAGCCAAUAGAUCCAGCCAGGUGGUUCGGCAUCAGGAAAGAUACGACUGCACUGGGAUAUAGCAAGAAUCAUUUGAUAGUGCUGAUGUUGUUGGUGUUUGAGGCAACAGUGUAUCGUCACCAGGUUCACCAUUAUCGUCAACUCCAGCGCUCCUCCCCAUCCAUACCGACUCUCUUCCCUUCUGCAAAGAGAGACACUUUAGACCAGGGCCUCAUUCCAUGCCUUAAGUACCUGCUCAACUACACCUUUUACAAGUUUGGCUUGGAGAUAUGCUUUCUGAUGACGGUAAAUGUGAUUGGUCAGCGAAUGAACUUUUUGGUCAUAAUCCAUGGCUGUUGGAUGGUGGCCCUCUUGGUGAGGCGGCGGCGAGCGGCUAUUGCCAAGAUGUGGCCCAAAUACUGUCUCUUCCUGUUGAUCUUCAUGAUCUACCAGUAUCUGUUGUGUGUGGGCAUACCUCCUGCUCUCUGCAUAGACUACCCAUGGAGGUGGAACAAUCAACUGUUAAUGAGCUCAGCUCUCAUUAAAUGGAUCUAUCUCCCUGACUUCUACACAGUGCCAAACUCCAAAAACUUGAUGGCUGACUUUCUGCUGCUGAUGUGUGCGUCCCAGCAGUGGAAGGUGUUUGAGUGUGAGAAGAAGGAGGAGUGGAUGGUUCAAGCAGGAGAGAACACUGAUGAACUUGAUCCAAUGGAGGGUCAACUCUUUAACCCUGCGCCUAACUUCAUCAACUGCAGGAGUUAUCUGGACAUGGUGAAGGUGUUGGUGUUUCGGUACUUCUUCUGGUUCGUGCUGUCGAUGGUCUUCAUCACAGGGGCCACCAGGAUCUCUGUAUUUGGACUGGGUUAUCUGAUUGCAUCCUUCUUUUUUCUGCUGUUUGGAACCAAGCUGUUGGUCAAACCAUCCAGAGUCCGCCUUAUGCUGUGGGACUGUCUCAUCAUCUACAAUGUAGCAGUUAUUAUAUCUAAGAAUGUGUUAUCUAUCCUGGCCUGUGUGUUUGUGUCUGAGAUGCAGGCAAGAUUCUGUUGGGUAAUUCAGCUCUUCAGCCUGGUUUGUACAGUUAAAGGAUAUUAUGAUCCUAAUGCUAUGAGUGGUGAGAUGUGCAGUCUUCCAGUAGAAGAAGCAGGGAUUCUGUGGGACAGUUUGUGUCUUCUCUGCCUCUUGCUGCAGAGGAGGGUUUUCCUCAGUUUCUACUUCCUGCAUGUGACAGCAGAACUUCAGGCAUUUGCCAAACAGGCAUCAAGAGGAUUUGAGCUCUUCAGAGCCAGCAUUAUGAAGAACGUUAAGUUUCAUCAACAGAUCGAAAAGAAAUCACUGUCACAGCUCAAGAAAUCGAUGCAGAGAAUUCGCUCUAAGCAGCAAAAGUACAAGGAUGGACAGAAAGGCAGUGAAACUUCCGCUGGAACCCAGGAAGCUGGUACAAGCAGCACUGAUCAUUCGACUGAAGUCGAAUUUAAAUUGUCUCAGAGAGACAAGAAUAAGUCUAAGAAGAAGAACUGGUACCAACCAUGGAUAGACCACGCUGCAGUCAUCCACUCAGGAGACUACUACCUGUUUGAAUCAGACAGUGAGGAUGAAGAGGAUCUGAAUUAUGAAGAAAAGAAGCCUCAGGCUCAGACUGCAUGCCAGUUGGCAUACCAGGCAUGGGUGAGUAGUGUGAAGACAGCUCUGAGGGAACGCCAGAGACGUCAGAGACACUUGAAAGCUAUUAAAGAAAAAGAGACAAAGAGACAAGAAAGAAGAGGUUCUCCACAGGAGGCUCUCACUCUGAAGGCUUGUGCAGAUGAUGUUUUUGAGGAGGCUGAUGUUAAUGGUGAAGCAGAAGAACCGGAGGAGGAAGAGUCUGUGCAUGGAGACAUGGUUCAGAAGAUCUUGGAUAUUCUGUGCUUCCUAUGGGCCAUUAUUUUGGCCAUGGUGGAUGGACUGACUCAGUGGCUCAAUCUACUCACUAAACAGUACAGAGAUACAUCUACUGUCCUGUGCAACGAACGCUACUUAAUCAUACACAAAAUCAAGCAGCAUCAUACAUCUGAAUCCAGAGAUGACCUGGUGUCCCAGAACAGUGAGAGUUCCACUGUGAAUACAUGUUUGGAUCAAACCAAUCCAGAACAUACUCCCAGUAGCAGAAGUGAGACCCCGAGGCGCAACAGCAAUGGGAAUUUCCUCACUGAAGACGUCCUGUGUAGCAGCACUGGACUGCAACCAGAGCCAUUAAAACACCCCAGACACUCCAGAACAGCCAGUGAGAUCCUGUCCAACAGGACAUUUUUUAUUGAGGAGCUGGAGCAGAGCAGAGAGUUCUACGACAACCAGAACCGUUUGUUGAGGCUGCUGUUAGCUGUAUACAAUCUGCUAUCAGCCAAUUCAGAGCUGCUCUGCUAUUUCAUCAUAGUCCUGAACAAUGUGGUCAGUGCCUCUGUCAUAUCACUCAUCCUGCCAAUGCUUGUCUUUCUGUGGGCCAUGCUGUCUACGCCAAGACCAACUAAGAAGUUCUGGAUGACGGCUAUAGUUUACACAGAGGCGAUGGUGGUGCUGAAAUACAUCUUCCAGUUUGGGUUCUUUCCGUGGAAUAGUCUUUAUGAGAUGACUCUAAAUGAAGACAAGCCCUUCUUCACACCACGCAUCUUUGGCCUGGAGAAAACUGACAGCUACAUCAAAUAUGACCUCCUUCAGCUGCUGGCUCUGUUCUUCCACCGAUCCCUCCUAAUGCAAUAUGGUCUGUGGGACCAUGAGGGCCCCCUGGAGGAGCAAUGCAUGUCACCAGAAGAUGGACAUAACGUCAGAGCAGGAGAGGAAAAUGGGAGCAGGAAGGAGGAAACUCAAGAAGCUAAAAGAAAAGAUCAGGACAUUCAAGAACCAGGUACCAGCUCAGACACUGCUACCAUGCAGCCCUACGAUGCUGCUGAACCACUGUCUGCUGGGUUGGGGGAUGAACAUGAAAAAGAGCCCAGUAGCAAAAAUGUGGAUCUUCUGGAUGUGAUGGAGAGAGAUGGUAAACGGCUGACAGAGGAAGACCCAAAGAAAGAAGGCAGCAUCCGACUCCGCAAAAAAAAUAAAAAAGCGAAAAAACAGGACAGCAAAGAGUCUCUGUCAGAGACACCGGAGUCUGGUAAGGAACCAGGGAAGAAGACACAGAAAGGCAAGAAGAGUGAGGCCACCCUCAGAUUAAUCGCUUUGGGAUACAAGAUACAACAAAUCUUCAUAACAGGUUUCCAGGGUGUAAAGCAGCCAGCUCAGAGUUUCUUUAGAAGUAUAACCAAGGAUAAAUAUCGGGCUUCCACAGAUGUCUAUGCACUGAUGUUCCUGACUGAUGUCAUUGACUUUGUUAUCAUCAUUUUUGGCUUCUGGGCUUUUGGGAAGCACAGCGCUGCAGCUGACAUAGCCUCCACUCUGUCAGAGGACCAGGUACCCGAGGCCUUCCUGGUGAUGUUGCUCAUCCAGUUCAGCACCAUGAUCAUUGACAGAGCUCUUUACCUGCGCAAGGCGGUUUUGGGAAAACUCAUCUUUCAGGUGGUCCUUGUUGUGGGAAUUCACCUGUGGAUGUUCUUCAUCCUUCCUGCUGUCACUGAAAGGAUGUUCAGUCAGAACUUUGUGGCCCAGCUCUGGUACUUUGUCAAGUGUAUUUACUUUGGCCUUUCGGCGUAUCAGAUUCGCUGUGGUUACCCCACUCGUAUCCUCGGCAACUUCCUCACCAAGAAAUUCAAUCACCUCAACCUGUUUCUCUUCCAAGGGUUUCGCCUUGUGCCAUUCCUGGUGGAGCUGCGUGCGGUGAUGGACUGGGUUUGGACCGACACCACUCUUUCCUUGUCAGACUGGAUGUGUGUUGAGGACAUUUAUGCCAACAUCUUUAUCAUAAAAUGCAGCCGGGAAACAGAAAAGAAAUACCCUCAACCUAAGGGGCAGAAGAAGAAGAAGAUUGUGAAAUAUGGCAUGGGUGGACUUAUCAUUUUCUUCUUAAUCUGCAUCAUCUGGUUUCCCCUUCUCUUCAUUUCAUUGGUCAGAUCAGUGGUGGGCGUGGUUAACCACCCUAUUGAUGUCACAGUGACUUUCAAACUGGGUGGUUACGAGCCUCUGUUCACCAUGAGUGUGCAGCAGCAGUCAAUCAAAGCCUUUACAGCUGCUGAGUAUGACGAACUCACCCAAACAUUUGGAGACAAUGCAGUAGCCAUGCAGUUCAUCACUCUGUACAGUUAUGAAGACAUUGUGACAGCCAUGAUUGAGGGUAGCUCAGGAUCAGUGUGGAGGAUAAGCCCCCCCAGCAGGCAGGAGGUCAUUAAAGAGCUUCUUGGAAGUCCUGUUGAUCUGACCCUCCGUCUGGCCUGGACGUUCCAGAGGGAUCUGGGUAAAGGUGGAACAGUUGAACAAACCUUUGGAAAACAUUCGAUAGACCUGGAACCUGGAAACCCGGUCAGAGCAGAGCUGGCAUCUUUAUUGAUUGGCAAUCGGACUGAACCUGUGCUUGUUCCUAAUAUGUUUCCCAGCUACAUGCGUGCCCCCAAUGGAGCUGAGGCCAAACCAGUCAGUCAGCUAUAUAAAGAUGAUGAAGGCGAUUACCAGAAUAUCACUCUGUCCCUGAUGAGUGACAGGUCUCCGAACAGCUCUGGGAACCAGGAGUGGUGGGACAUUGCAAUUGCAAACUGUGAUCCAGCAGCAUGUAGUGUGUUACCCAUGGUCAUAUUCAACGACAAGGUCAGCCCACCAAGCCUGGGAUUCCUGGCUGGAUAUGGGAUUAUGGGUCUAUAUGUGUCCGUGGUCCUGGUCAUUGGGAAGUUUGUGCGUGGUUUUUUCAGUGAGAUUUCCCACUCCAUCAUGUUUGAGGAGCUGCCCUGUGUGGACCGCAUCCUGAAGCUCUGCACUGACAUCUUCCUGGUUCGUGAAACAGGAGAACUGGAGCUUGAAGAGGAGCUUUACUCCAAACUGAUCUUCCUCUAUCGGUCUCCAGAAACUAUGAUCAAAUGGACUCGGGACAUCCACACAAGAGAGCAGGACUGACAGUGAUUGUCUGUUUACUUGAUUGAAACCCAGUGAAGAGACGCCCAGUGGACAACACAUGAUGGGCGUCUCAUGGACGUAUAGCCACAGAGAUACUUUACAGCAGAUGUGGCUCAGUAGACGUGCAAUGUGAAACAUGUCCUCAUGCUGGACUCUUUGUGCUGUUGUGUUGUUGCUGCUGCCUGACCAUUCUGAUCAAACUACACUUUGCACACACUGUGGGAAUAAGGUUGCAGUCCCUUGGUUUUGGAAGCAGCUGGAUAUCUGUUGCAUCUUUGCAGAGCAAAAAGAGCUUAAACUGUGCUGUGUUUCUGUUUGUUUGAAGGCCAAAGAACCACAGCAGGUAGUGUGACUGUUCCUAGUUGUUCAACCAUCUGCGGUCCACAAGUUUACCUUUUUCAUCCCAGAUUGGGUCGGACGUCAUUUGAAAACAUGUUUUUAUUGUUAUGGUGAUUUGUUUACAGAUAGAGCAAACAAGACAAAAACCACACACUUUGUUUUAAAAAAAUAAAUGUUUCCAUUUUUUAAAAGAUAGAAAUAUGAGGUCUCAGUAAGCUGUCUGCAACGUGCUUUGAUGAAAAUCCCAGAACAAAGCAGCACCAUUGUACUGGUCCCAGCUGUCUAUACACCUCUGUUUGUUACUGAUGCAUUUAAUGACUGCAGCCGAUUUUUCUGAGCAGUGCUUUUCUUUUUAGACUGCCUAGGACUCUGUGGUGUCAUGCAAAACCAAGACACAUAUUACUCUUUUUAUCUCUAAACAUGGGAAUGUAGACCGGCUCUCCAUUUUAAGGGCAAGUAUGGAAUUUGGAAGUGAGGUUCUGAGGAAAGGUUAGAAGCAAAUAAUAUCCUACCUGAGGUAGAUAACGUGGGGUUUGAGUGGUCAAUGAGAGUAGAAAAGUUAAUUUAACAAAUAAAUAAUUUAUAAAUCCAGGUUAGUUAGUUUCAGAGGUUGAAGCUUACAACUAGUUCAAAUUGGGCCAGGACCAAAGCGGACUUCUAUUGUCUUAAAAGAAAUCCGGAACGUCAGAACUGUUUAUGUGAGAACUGCUUUAUCCACCUUUAACGUGACAUGUUUACAUUGGAUCUUAUUCCCACAGAAACCGAUGAUUAUUUACAGGGGAAAUGAAGGUAAGAGGCAGGGCAUCUUCUUCCUGUGUGAAAUAUGUACAGAAAACAUAACAGGAAUUAUUUUUUGUCAGACUAACAGCCUAAAAGAAAACUAAGGUAGUGUACACAAAUAAUUCAGCUGUUUACACCAUCUUUCAUUUACUUUCACACAGUUACACUUUGUGUUCCAUGGUCCAUUCUCUGUAUGUAUUUAACAAAAGAAGAUCAUUGGUGGUGAACCACCUGCUGUGUUGCCUUUGAGACUUCAGUUGUUUUGGAAUGAUAGAAGUCUGCUUUGGUCCUGGCCCGUCUCGGAAUCGUCCAGCCUCAGCCUCUGGCACCAACUGAUCUGGUUUUAUACUAAAUGAAGACGCCAAGAAAGUUAUCUACUACUUUUAACAGAGCCUCAUUUCAAACAUAAGGGUUCUGAGUCUUUGCACAAGUAUUUCCAUCAUAAAUUGAAGAAAGACUGGAUUGUGUUGGUGGUGAAGAGGCAGACCUAACUUCUAGCUGCCUUCUUUCAAACAUCUACCCUACUUCCUCUGGUGAAACAUCCAACAGACAUAUUCUAUGAGUCAAUCAUAGUCACUAGCCUAGCAAAAUUUGACCAGUCACCAGCCAACCACGUGACUCCGUGAGUCAACCACAGUCACCAGCCAACAGACCUGCUCCAUGUUUCGACCACAUUCACCAGUAACCAAGUGAGUCCUUAAGUCAUCUACAGUCACCAGCCAGUCUCACCAGCUUUGGUUGCCAUGAAAUAAUUCAGUGGUCGUACUGUAGUACCAAAGGAUCCAGUUUCUUGAAGACAGGACUUUCAGGUGCUCUUCAUCUCAAGCCUGAGACUCUGUUCUGUCCUUCACUUUUCAUAAUUCAUUUUUUUUCUAAAAACAGUUUACUGUCAGUUUGAGAAUGUGCCAAAGGUAACAUUUAAGUGAAAAAGCAGCCAGAGUCCAAAGACCCAUUCUGAAGCAGCUUCAAUAAACUUCUUGAACUUUGGAUAAAUAAUUAUUUAAAAACAAAAGAAAGGCUCAGGCUUAUUCGAAGCUAAUUUUCAAAAAAGAUGCUUCUAGACUCUUAAACACUUCUCUAAAUGUGAAUAAAAUGUAAGUAAUCUCUUUGCAUCAAAAAUGUAAUCCAAAGAUGACUGGCAGCACUAUGGCAGCACUGCAGUCCACAGAAAUGCAGUUACUGGAGAGCAGAAUUACCAAUGAAGGUUUUUCUUUCAACGCAAUUCAAUAAAAAUAAUUCUUUAAUAACACCAAAGCAAAAUUAAAUGUUAAUAAAGUAUAAACACAUCUACCAGUCACAUCUGAGUGAUAGAUGGGUUAACUGUGUGCAGAUGAAGAGAGGACAGAUAAGAGAAGCAUACCUUAAAGCUGUGGUCGUGGUGCACGUUCAGAACUAAAUCUAAACAGCUGACUUCAUCUUUUGUAACGGAGGCUCCCAAUACGUCAAAGAUUGAACGCCUGUACUAUCAGUGAUCCGCUCCUAUCCCAGUUCACAGAGUCACAUCAGUGGGACUGCUUGUUUCUCACUUGAAGGUAGUCUGUGUGAAGAUGGAGCAUCCUAAACACUUGGUUUACACUACUGUAAUUAACUGAUACCCUAGUUGGCAGAUGGUUGCUCCAUCAUUAGACCAACGAGUGGAUACAGAGUACAGAGGAAUUCCUCAGGCACAACAGAGACCUCCUGUACACUGUUGGUCAUCAAAAUGUCCAAAUGGGACUUCUAAACAAUGUCCAUGGGUGCAAUAUACAAAAACGUCUGGACGACCAAAGGACAUGAUGUCGCACCAAGAUUGGCCUAACAUGUCGAGUGCACAUCAUCCUUUUAUCCAGUGAGCCAUAUGAGUUAUUUCAUUUUACGGUUUAGAGAUGGUUAAACUAGGGAGAAAAAACUAAUCAUCCUCUAUGUGGUAAUCCCACUGUACAUGUCCCAGUAUAUACAGAAGGAACUUAUUGGUUUUAGUUUCCUUUUUAUCCCAGGUUAGCCAGAUGAACACACACUAACAAAGCUGGCAGAUGAUGGAGGAUGAAACGAUGCUGACCUCUUGCUUUGAAGCAAGGAUUCAGCUCAGUGCAGUUUUCUUGUUUCUUCAUGAAUAACACAGGAAGGGAUGAAACAUCAGAUAACCUGUAAACACUGCAUCCCUUUCGCAGAAGGGUCUCUUCAAACGGCAACAAAUAGAAAGUGAACAUUCAGUGAACUGUUGGAAGGGCUGACUGAUGGGUUGAAUUUUGAAUUUUCUUAUUUUAUUUCCAGUGAAAAACUUUUUUUAUUGUGAAUGUAAAUAAUAUUUGUGUAUCAGUUUUCUGUAUGAUACGUUGCAUAUUUGAUGACCCAAUAAAGACCAAUGCCAUGUA